UACAGAACGAACGCCAGCUUUAUUUUUGUUCUUCUUUAAUUUUAGUCUGAAAAAUUCACGAAAAAAAUCGAGAGAAGAAGCGUGCGGAUGAUUGCAGUAGCAAAAUCUCUUCUCCUGGGAUGUAAAGUUGGGCACGCCGAUGGCGUCUCUCUCUAAUCGAAUCCUCUCGCCGGAUUGCUACGCGCCGCUUCUCUCGCCGCCGGUUCCUCCCUCCCCCUCUAUCAACUUCCGUGCUCACUCGUCCCUCAUCCCCACCCUCCAUAUCGCCGCUGAAUCCUUCUUGGCCCCGGCCUUCGUGUUCAUCUUCGUCGCCCUCUGCAUCCUCCACCGCCGCUGCCGCGGUCGCCGGACUGCCGCCGCACCCGAUGCGGACCCCGAGGUCGCCUUCGAGGACGAUGACGGCGAGGUCGACCACCACGUCUGGUACAUCCGGACCGCGGGUCUCGAUGAUUCCACCAUCGGGGCCAUCGCCACGUGGACCUACAAGGCGGACGAGGGCGUACUCGGCUCGUCCCGCGGCGACUGCGCUGUGUGUCUCUCGGAGUUCCAAGAUGGGGAGCUUCUCCGCCUCCUCCCUAAGUGCCACCACGCCUUCCACAUUGGGUGUAUUGAUACUUGGCUCCGGUCCCAUAUCAAUUGCCCUCUCUGCCGUGUGCCCGUAGUAACCCUAGUCUCAGCGGCCGGUGGUAGCGUUCGUGGAGCAAGUACUUCAUCUUUUUCCUCUGUUUCAUCCUCCCUUAGUUCGGCCGCGGAUCAAGCCGGAUCCAGUUCAGUCCCCUCUGGCCUAAUGGAUCACAAUCAGAUAGAUGGGCGGACAUCGGAGACUUGUCGCUACACCUUAGAAGUGGUACCGGCGGCUGAAAGAUUGGAACUUGGAGCUGCUCCUGAAAACAGAAACAUGAUCAACCAAUUUCCAGAUUCUGAGAUAGGAAUGCCUGGUGAUGUCGAGGGACAAGAGUUUCAACCCAUACGGCGUUCAUUUUCUAUGAGUUCCUUCCCUCAUCCUACUGCGCUGAACAGAUUAGUGUUGGAAGAGAACAUGAAGGAAGCCGGCCUGGGGGUGGAAUUGGCUACUAAAACCUGGAGAAAGCAAGGCAACACUUCAAAUGGCAUCACCUCAUUGCAGAAAGAAACUGGAAGAUUUUUGUCAAGUACUAGUGAAAGGUUCUUCUCAUCAAAACAUGGGUGAGCCCGGAGUUCAGUUCUCCCACUACGAUAGUCCUAAGAUUCGAAUAGCUUGUCACGCCAAGUAUGCAAUUUUGGAUACAACAGUGGUUCUCAGCAGGUUGAGAGAGAUGCACUUAGGUAUAAUGCUACCAAGGUGAAGAGUGGAAACAUAGAACAAGAAUCUUAUCAUCUGCGCAGAAGAAAAUAUGGAAGGCGAGCUGUGAUAAGUUGAGCUUUGCCUGUUUUUCGAGUGUUCAUAUUUGUAAAUAUAUGAAUAUAUUUGAAGUUCGUUAAAGAUUUGCAAUUGCCUAUAUUGCAAAGUAAUAGGGCAACUUUAUUUGUGUUGUUUUUGCUGCUUGUAUUCUAAAUCUGGAUCUUGGUUAUCCAUGCUCAUGUAAGAGAAGCAAGAUGCUAAUCAUCA